CGAAUAUUUCAAGAUUUUUCGAUAUCCAAAGAAAGAACAUGAAAAACUAAAAAUAAAAUGACGUUUUGUUCUAUGUUGAUGAAAUUUUGACAAGAAAGAAAGUGACUUGCUUGUUUUCAUUAGUAAGUUUCAGUAUCAAAUAGGUAUUAUAUACAUUUCGGAAUAAUUAAUAGGAAAUAUAAUUUGAAUCCCAAUUUUCACUGAGAAAAUGACUACUCUUGAAGACAAAUCAAUUUGGGAAGACGGUGAGGAAGCCUUAGGGGAAGAAGUCCUACGAAUGUCUUCUGAUGAAAUAGUAAGCCGAACUCGCCUAUUGGACAAUGAAAUCAAAAUAAUGAAGAGCGAAGUGAUGAGAAUAAACCACGAAUUACAGACUCAAAAUGAAAAGAUUAAAGAAAACACCGAAAAAAUCAAAGUCAAUAAGACGUUACCUUAUCUUGUAUCCAAUGUUAUAGAACUUCUUGAUGUAGAUCCCCAAGAAGAAGAGGAAGAUGGUGCUGUUGUUGAUUUAGACUCUCAAAGAAAAGGAAAAUGUGCUGUUGUUAAAACUUCUACCCGACAAACAUAUUUCCUACCAGUAAUUGGGUUAGUCGAUGAAGAAAAACUAAAACCAGGAGAUUUAGUUGGUGUAAAUAAGGAUUCAUAUUUGAUAUUAGAAACCUUGCCAGCUGAGUAUGAUGCCCGAGUGAAGGCUAUGGAGGUUGAUGAACGUCCAACUGAACAGUACUCAGACAUUGGUGGUCUUGAUAAACAAAUUCAAGAACUCAUUGAAGCUGUUGUUCUACCUAUGACCCACAAAGAUAAAUUUGUGAACUUAGGAAUUCAUCCUCCCAAAGGUGUUCUUCUAUAUGGACCACCAGGUACUGGAAAGACUUUAUUAGCAAGAGCUUGUGCAGCACAAACUAAAUCUACUUUCCUCAAACUGGCUGGACCACAGUUAGUACAAAUGUUCAUAGGAGAUGGUGCUAAACUUGUUAGGGAUGCUUUUGCCUUGGCUAAAGAAAAGGCUCCAGCUAUUAUAUUCAUUGAUGAGCUUGAUGCAAUCGGUACCAAACGUUUUGACUCAGAAAAAGCGGGAGAUCGUGAAGUUCAACGUACUAUGUUAGAACUCCUAAACCAGCUAGAUGGUUUUAGUUCAACUGCUGAUAUUAAAGUUAUUGCUGCAACAAAUCGUGUCGAUAUCUUAGAUCCUGCCCUUCUCAGGUCUGGGCGUUUAGAUCGUAAAAUCGAAUUCCCUCAUCCAAAUGAGGAAGCUAGAGCCAGAAUCAUGCAAAUCCAUUCAAGAAAAAUGACAGUUAACCCCGAUGUUAAUUUUGAAGAACUGGCUCGAUCAACUGAUGAUUUUAAUGGAGCCCAGUGUAAGGCUGUCUGUGUUGAAGCUGGUAUGAUAGCUUUGAGAAGGAAUGCUACAGCAGUAACGCAUGAGGACUAUAUGGAUGCUAUUAUGGAAGUUCAAGCUAAGAAAAAAGCUAAUCUAAAUUAUUAUGCUUAAUACCUUUCUUUAAUAGAAUUUAAUAAAUAUUUUAUAUGGAA